AUGACUAGUAAUGUACAUAAAAAGUUGAUGAAAACGUUCGAAAAUAAUUGUUCACUAACACAAUUUAUAACUUCAGAACGUGAAUUAGAUAAAAUUGCAGCAACUGAAUGUGUACUUGUUUUCCACGGAGUAAAACAUGGAAAUAGUUAUCGAUCUCAAGAAUGUACAGUUGAUUUAAUUCGAAAUGUAUUUGAAUCAUCAUCAGUAGCAAAAUCAAUGUCAUGUGGUAGAACUAAAGCACGAGCAAUUGCGUGCAAUGUACUUGGUCCUUAUUUUACAAAUAAAGUUAUCGAUGAUUUAUUAAAAGCACAAUAUUAUUCAUUAUCUGUUGAUGCAUCAAACAAAGGAAACUGCAAAAUGUUUCCAUUUGCAAUUCAAUAUUUUUCUGAAAUGGGUAUUCGUCGAGGAUUGAUCGAGUUUAUCAAUGAUCCCCAUGAAUCUGCUAUUGAUAUUUUUAAAAAUAUUUGUAAAAUUAUUGAUGAUAAUAAAUUACAAAUUGGAAAUUUAACUAGUUAUGGUGGUGAUAACAUGAACGUUAACUUUGGUAAACAUCAUUCGGUUUUUCAAUUAUUAAAAUCAAAAGUACCUCAUCUACUAAAAGUGCAAACUGCACAUGAUGAAUUACCAAUUGAUAUUGAAAUAACUUUAUGUAAAUUAUAUUCUUAUUUCUCGAGAUCAGCAAAACGAGUUGAAAGCUUGAAAGAGUAUUUCGAAUUUGUAUAA